AACGUCUCUCCGCGUGACUGUCGGAGCUCUGCUCGAUUCCGUUGGAAAGAAGCUUGUAGCCCAACCGCAACACAACGAACUGUAGCUUACAACACCGUAAGGACAUUUUAUGUGACGUUUGCGUCAUUCUCAUCGAUUGAAACACACGGACAGAUUAGUGUUUUGAUUAUGCGCGUAAGAAUCGUGUUUCAAGCGAACUCGCUCUUUCUGCUGCUGAUUCUGAGUUUUUCGUUGAUUCACACGCGUUGUCAGGAUGAUGGAACAGCACAAACUCCGAUACGAGGAAAGUCAAAAUCAGAAAAAGAGUUCGCCCCUUUCACCAGCAAAUAUGAGCCACCAACUGACAUCCAGCAGCUCACAACAGAUGCAGUACCAAACCUCCCCAACCUGAAAUUGCUCAAACUCCACUCAGCUCUCCUGACCAAGAACUUUGAGGGGGAUCAGCAGUUUUUUAAAGAGGCACCGCACACCAUGUCAACCCUCUCUACCUCUUCAUCAAACACUGAACUUUCCCACCUUGUGCCUCAUAGAGAUGAUCUCACCACUUCAGCAACCAUGACUGCUGCUACUACGAAGACUCCAGUUAUGACAGUUACACCCACAUCAGUGGAGCAAAGAAGACCCAGUAAGAUCGUCAGUAAAACAUUGGAGAAGAUGGUGGUAACCUCUCAACCACUCACAAACCCUUCCGUUCCAACUAACACUGCUCAAAUGACAAUUUUCACCACCGUAAAAGACAUCCUGGUUGGCAAGGAAACUACUUCACCACCACUGUCUUUGUCAACUUCUCCUAAAAAGGAACCACGGUGGCCAGAUGGAAAAACCACACGAGGAUACUCUUCUGAAUUAUCUGCAGCUCAGUGCAAUAUGAACUUCACAGAAGCUGAGGGUUACAUAGAGAUCUCACCGGAUGUCUCAUUUGAUUCCCACAUGCAUUGCACCUGUCUGGUUACUGUAUAUCUGGGUUAUGGAGUUGAGAUUCAGGUGCUCAGUGUGAGUUUGGAGGAUGGGAUGGAGGCAAUUUUGGAGGAUCUAGGUGGACCUGUGCCCUCUGUCCUAGCCAACAGCUCAGUGUUAUCCAGUGGCCUGGUGCUGCGGAGCUCCAGUAACGAGAUCUCUGUGCGGUUCAGCAGGGAGCGGGCUGAUCAGCCUGGUUCCUUACUCCUGCGGUACAGAGCAUUUGCUCUGAGUUGCGUCUCUCCUCUGGCUCCUGAUAAUGGUGAAGUGUCAGUCAGUGGUCUCCAGGUGGGGGACGUGGCCUAUUUCUCCUGUCUGAAUGGCUAUCAGCUCAGUGGCCCCGCCUCUCUCACCUGCCAAAAUGCCACCACUCCCUACUGGAGUGGCAGAGAGCCCAGGUGUCAAGUUGCUUGUGGGGGGACAUUGAGAAAUGCCACUCAUGGUCAUAUCGUCUCUCCUGGAUUUCCAGGAAAUUACAGCAAUAAUUUGACAUGUCAUUGGGUGCUGGAGGCCCCUGAGGGCCAUCGGCUCCACAUUCACUUUGAGAAAGUGGCUCUGGCUGAGGAUGAUGACAGACUGUUGAUAAAGGAUGGCAGUGACAUUGACUCCCCGCCCCUGUAUGACUCAUACGCAGUGGAGUAUCUGCCCACUGAGGGCGUGACCAGCACUACUAGGCAUCUGUUUGUGGAGUUCACCAGUGAUGAGACGGGCACGUGCAUUGGUGCUGCCGUCCAAUAUGACGCAUUUUCACAGGGCAGCUGUUAUGAGCCAUUUGUAAAAUAUGGAAAUAUUUCCACAAGCGAUCCUGCAUUUGGAGUUGGUGCUGUGGUUGAGUUCUCCUGUGAGCCAGGUUAUACACUCGAGCAGGGCGCUGUUAUCUUAGAAUGCAUUAACCCUGAAAAUCCCCAAUGGAACGAUACAGAACCAGCCUGCCGAGCUGUGUGUAGUGGAGAAAUAACAGAUUCAGCAGGUGUGGUGCUUUCUCCAAACUGGCCUGAGGUGUAUGACAAAGGUCAAGACUGUAUCUGGGGUCUGCACGUGGAGGAGGACAAGAGAUUUAUGCUAGAUGUCCAGAUUCUUCAUCUUGGGAAAAAUGACGUGCUGACCUUUUAUGAUGGUGAUGACCUGACAGCCAACAUCCUGGGCCAGUACAGCGGCUUCCUCCCUCGAUUCAGACUCUACACCUCUUCGGCUGAUGUGACCAUCCAAUUUCAGUCUGAUCCAGCCUCUAAUGUCUACAGCUACAACAAUGGCUUUGUGGUGCAUUUCUUUGAAGUACCACAUAACAACACCUGCGCAGAGUUGCCAGAAAUUCCCAAAGGCUGGAAGAGCACAUCCCAUCCUGACCUGACCCAUGGAACGGUAGUUACCUUCCAGUGUUACCCUGGUUUCCAGCUGCAGGGUUCUGAGAUCUUGAUGUGCCAGUGGGAUCUGACAUGGAGUGGUGACGUACCCAUCUGUGAGAAAGUCAUGUCAUGUGAGGAUCCAGGGCUGGUGGAGAACAGUCGCAGACUGGUGACCGGCUCUCGUUACGCUGUGGGAUAUUCAGUGGAGUACAUCUGUAAUAAAGGAUACUCACUUUCUGGCCCUGGAGUCCUCACCUGCUACAGCAGAGAUACUGCAGACCCAAAGUGGAGUGAAAGACUGCCCAAGUGUGUCCCUGAGAGAUAUGAGCCUUGCAGUAAUCCCGGCACACCCUCGACUGUCAUGCAGAGUUCAGAGAAAGCUUUCUUCCAGGCAGGAGAGACUCUGAGUUUCACCUGCCAUUCAGGCUAUGAGCUUCAGGGUGAAGUGACUAUCCACUGCCUCCCUGGACAUCCCUCUCAGUGGAGCAAUGCGCCCCCUAUGUGCAGAGCCUCUUCUGGAAAUAUUGAAGAACACAGACUAAGCGCUGCCGGUGCAGAAUUCAGUGUGGAGGGGGUUAAUAUUGCCAUUGCUGUUCUGAUUCCUGUAGCAGUGGUGUUGAUGUUGCUCCUAGCGGUUUUCCUCGGCCUCUCAAUAGCUCAGAGUAAGAGCCUUCUGCUCCCUGGGUCUUCCUCUCCACCAUAUGACAACAUGAAUGAGGAACUUGCUUUUGAUAACCCUGUUUAUGACACAGGAGUAAGUAUGGAUGCCAUGAACCUAAGAGACGUGGGCUCACACAACACCAUCGUCCUAUCCUGAUCAGCCCUGUCUGUCAUUCUGUCAUUCACCAAAAGAGGGAGACAUUCUAUCUGCCAUUCUAUUAUUCACCAGUCGAGAAAGACCAUCUAUCUGCCAUUAUGAUUUGGAUUCACCAGCAGGGGGAGCCAUUUGCACCAUUCCAUCUACAGUAACUAAUCAUUACCUCCGUCAGCAGAUGAAAUGUAAAGAAAUGUACACAAAUCUCUAAAUAUUUUGACAAGCCAUUAUAGUUCUAUAUUUGUCAUUGUAUUCUAAAAGCCAUAAAUUAAAUGAAGUCCAUGAAGUCCACCUAAUAUUUAAUGUCCAGUACUUAUGAUGUUCAAAUCAGUAGGGUAAGACACCCCCCUUAAAGGUUUAGUUCACCCAAAAAUUCUCAAUGCAUACCGGAUAAUAGAUACUCACCCUCAAGCCAUCCUAGUUGUAUAUGACUUUCUUCUUUCAGCCAAACACAAUCAGAGUUAUAUUUAAAAAUAUCCUGGCUCUUUCCAGCUUUAUAAUGGGAGUGAAUGGUACCUUAGAUUUUGAAGCCCAUAAAAGCACAUCCAUCCAUCAAAAAAGUAUAUAGCUUUAUAAAUUAUAAUCACUGGCUUCCGGUAAUGGCCGUCUGCACGUUCACUGGCUUCCUCUAUCUUCUGUGAUUUCGUGUUUUUCACUUCUCAUGGGAGCUUACACUACGCCUACGUCAUAUGCCUGAACUUGACUCUCUCGUUAACGCACGGAUGGCUGUUUCCGGAAGACAGUGAUUAUAGUUUAUAGUUCACUUCAAAAUAAAAUCUAUAUUUUUACUCCAAAAACCUAAAUACUUUACUGUGUCCACAGAUCCCCCAAUUAACAAAUAGACAUAAAAACUUUAUAUAUAUCUUUUUAUUUAUAAUAUCACACAGAAUGUCACAGAUCACUAUUUUCCAAUGACAAUUUUUUUUAUAAUUCAACCUCAAAACAGUUUGGAUGGAAUACAUUUCACAAAUGUUGAUAUUCAGAUGAAAUGUCAAGAUUAAGAGUAGCACAGACAUUAAAUAAAGAUGUUAAGAUGAGAUUUAGUGCCAUCUAGUGUUUCUUACCUAACACUUAAGUAAUGCUGCUACUCACUAAUAUAUAUAUAUAUAUAUAUAUAUAUACACACACACAUACAUACAUACAUGCAGUUUACAAUCCCAAUGAUAUAAAUUAAAAUGUAUUCCCAAUACAGAGAAUAAAUUAAAUAAUAAACAAAUUAUACAUGUUCUGAUUGCUUUUUUGUUAACCGAAAGUGAUAUAGUAUUCAAAUAAUGUUUAAAUUAUUUUAGAAUACCAGACAGAAAGGCUUGCAAUUUGAAAACAUGCAUUUGUGAAUAUAUGAUCUUCACAAAUUCAAAAAUAAUUACAUUUAUAAUAAAGCAAGUAUUUGUAUCAGCAUUAAAAAUUAAAAACAUUUCGGGGUGAAAUCACAAAGCCUUGUAAGACAUUAUUGGAAAUAAAAGAACUAAUGUCUUUCCAAAAUUGCGCGGUAUAAUUGCAGGACCAAAAUAAAUGGAGUCUCAACAUCAACUUGACAAAAGGAGCGAUUUGUGUCAAUAUCAAGCCUAAAUCUUUUCCCUUAAAUUUGUUUGACAGGGUAAAUAUUAUGGAUUAGCUUAAAAUAUAUUUCUUUUACCUUAUUUGAAAGAAAAGGUUUUUGUUGCAUGGACCAAAUUACUUUCCAGUUUAAAUUGUCGAAUAAACUAUUCCAAUAUGAGACUACAGGAGGGACUGAGGUAACUUCUUCAAGGAAAAGAGUUCUUAAUUGAUGGUUUCUUCCUUUUUAAUCAGUAAAGCAUAUAUUACCAAAAGGUGUGUCAAUAGGAUCAGGAUACUGUUGGCCUUAAAGAGUGAAUAUUUCUGAAAAACAUACAGAGGCCAGAAGGGAUUGCAUCCAUGACUAUAGCGAAUUAUCUGGGAGUCACUGGGAUAUUAUACUUCGCUAAAUGUCUGCAUAUCUGAAGAGCUGACUGUCACUGUUAAACAGCUGGCUGACAUGAAGUAUUCCAUUGUUAAACCAUUGAUUAUAAAAUAAAGAUCUCAUUUUAAAUUAAAUAUGUCUGUUUUUCCACAUAUCUGUGAGGAGAAAUGUUAUGCUUGUAAAUAAGUGCCUGUUGGUGGAAAUUAGAAAGCUUGACAGGAAGUUUUUGAAUGUCACAAUUACACAUUAAAACAAACUUAAUGCAUCCAAGCUGUGAGAAAAUAAAUGAAGGGAAAAUAGAUAGAUGUUAGAUGUUUAAGAAAUUGAUUAAGCUACUCAAUGAUAUAUAAUACAGAACUGGAUUGCUCAUGACGUCAUAUCAGGGAAGCCACUGCGGCACCAUAUUGCUAUGCCCAAACAUUCCAAUGUCCCUAUAGGCCUUUAUCGCAGUCCGCGUGUCAUCACAUCCAGCUCUGAAUAGUAUCUGUAUAUGGACGAUCGCAGUUUUUCUAAAUACAUUUUACCAACUUGGAUGCACUUGGCAGUAAACAUCUGACUUUUGUUUCUUUGGAUUAACACAGCACUUCACCAUAUGUUAUCUAACACUUUAAUGUGCAACAGUAUCUGAGCGAGGUGAUUGUCAGACUCAGCGCAAAUUUUCCCAGUUCAUGAGAAGCACGUGCAGUUCAGUUUACUCCCAGAGGAUUAUUGUGUUCAACUCAAGUUUAAAGAGACAGCUUUUAAGUAUUUUAAUGUCAUUGUUUUCACUAUUGUAAAUAUAAUACAGUUGUAUACACUGGGACAUUUUCAUCUUUAUUUUUAAUUUACAUUGCAUUUGGUCGCCAAACGCAAGUGGACGCUUCCCCAAUCAAGAUAUAACUCCAAGUUUAGAAUGAUUAAGUAAGUUAACUUCUGUAAUUGGACUCUGGGAUGGAAAGGUUUCUUCAUUUGAACAUUUUUAAAUGGAUCUUAUGUCAUACAUGGAGAUUAUAAGUACAUGAAAGAAAUGUGAUCAUUAUCAUCACAAACUCAUAAUCUUUAAUUGGA